GGAAUGUUUGUUUGUAUUUCUGCAUCAUCGUGAGCCAGAUUUUUUAUCUGCUGUCAGAUUCAAAUCAAGACGAAGAAACUUCUCAGUGAAUCAGUUCAGAGAAACAGAGAAGUCUGGGAAACAAGAAGCAUUUAGAAACAACGUUAAAAGAAUGAGAAGAACAGAAAGAUAAAUAGUGUCAGUAAGAAAUGAAUCUGCUGGCUGACAGUAACCUUCAUCUUCUUUUUCAACAACAGACAUUUGAAGAUUGAACACAAACAGGAUUUUGGAGAAUGAAGGUCUCAGUGUGACGAACCACACAAUGAAAACAAGAAGCUGGUUCCACUUUUUAUACUAGAGAGACACAACUACAUGUUCCUGCCUUGAACUGAUGAUUUUCACUGUUAGAAUCAGCCGAGUUUGUAGUUUUCCUUCUUUCUAAUGUAGCUGUAGUGAUUUGAAAUAGUUCAAUAGAGGAGAUGAACUGUAAUAAAGCAGAAUGAGCUCCGACUCAGCAGAAAACCACACAGCAGCUUCAGCUGAGCUGUCAAUCAGCAGCAGCAGCCUUAUCUGUCCGCCGCAGGGGCUGAUGGGAGGUCUGAGGACCCGUUAGAAACCACGCGGCCCUCGUCUGAUCUCACAGCUCGUCCUUGUUUGGCCUCAGCUGCAUCAGAGCGCCACUUCUCCCCAGGUUCACCAGAGGAAACACCACUGCACACAAUGCUUUUCCUCCCAGCUGCUGCUCUGUGCUGUCUGUGUUCAGCGCUGGUUGCCAUGGCAGCAGACCUGAUUCAGGAGGAUUUAACAUGGACCAGGAGAGUCGAUGAAACUGUUUCCUUCAGCUGUCGAGGAACUGACCAGUGUGACACUUAUGUAUUCUGGCUCCAGAAGAAAGACACAGAAACAUUCACAAGGAUUCUGUGGAUUGAUAUGAGUAAUUGUAACAUAGAUUCAAGCUACAGCAAUCAUCCUCAGAAAGAUGAUUUCUCAGCUGUGAAUAAACAGAACGGCUGUGAGUUGCAGAUCCAGAAAGUUAAACUCUCUCAUUCAGCCACCUACUACUGCGCCUGUUAUAAGUAUGUUGCCCACACAAACAAACCCUACGGUAUCUGUGGCUCUGGAACUAAACUGUAUGUAACAGAUGACCCGGUAGUGAAGCCCGUGGUGAGCGUGUACCCAGUAGCAUCCAGAGCCCACCAUGAGGGGAAGAGCUCCCUGCUGUGUGUGGCCUCAAACAUGUUUCCUCCUCUGGUCCGCUUCUCCUGGAAAAGACGAAAGGAGAACAGUCUGACGGAGGAGCUGGCACCUGCUGAGGAGGAGCAGCUGGAGCUCAGAGAGUCGGGACGCACCGCCGCUAUCAGAGUGAUUGAUCGGGACGCUCUCUAUACGUAUAAAUACCGCUGCUACGUCCAGCACGAGGGGGGGGUAGUGGAGGCCCAAACAGAACAAGAGGUUCCAGCGAUCUGUUUUUUGAACCAGGUGAAACUGCUCUGUGUGCUGUACACAGUGCUGAUAGUGAAGAGUCUGGUGUACGGCUGUGGACUCUCUCUGCUGAGGAUCCUCAGAAACAAGGGACCGUCCACCAGCUGCACACAUGCUGACUGACUGUUUUCUGCUCACUUUUUUUCAUCUCACUGAUCACUUUGAUCAGAAGUCAGAAAUGUAAGUUACGAUGUGCACAGGUUAGAUACAGUCAUCCUUAAAAUAUAAAAACAUAUAUACACAUAUAUUUGCUGUUACUGAGUGUAAAUUCUUUGGUGUUAAUUUGACACUCUAGUUUAUUUCCAAACUAUUAUUAUUAUUAUUAUUUGACUUUUAAUUUUGACUUGUAUAAUAUCAGAAACUUAAGCUGAAUCAUUAGCUGUCUGCUAGGUAUUUUAUUGUUUACGCUAUCUUUCUGUUCUUGUGUCUCUUUUUAAUACAUUAUGCAGAGUGUGGCAGGUUUGUCAAAUUCUUUCAGUGUAACUUUCUUAAUAAACUGAAUAUUUGACUCUG